UGUUGACCACAUGUGACAGCAAACAGGAAAUAUACACAAAACGACCGUUCAUAUCGGUUGAUACAGAGAAAGCAGCAUCUCACACAUUAUUAUAAAGCUAAUUUUCUCGCUUUCAAGAAGGCAAGAAUGGAAGAAAUUUCCGGCGAAGAAGUAAUGAAGAUGGGCUCUUUCAAUUCGGAGGAGGCUAGUAACUCGGUGAAAGAGUGUAUACAGAGUGUCAUCGGAGAGGAGAGCUACAGACAGGACAGUGUUAAUCAGUGGACAGCCAAGAUUGUGGAGCAAGCCCUCACCCUGCUCGUCAAACAGAGCAAAUCAUUCAAGUACAUCGUAAGCUGUGCCGUCAUGCAGAAGUGUGGAGCUGGUCUGCACACGGCUAACUCCUGCUACUGGGACACCGCCGCUGAUGGAAGCUGCACGGUGAAAUGGGAGAACCGGACCAUGUACUGUGUGGUCAGCGUGUUUGCUGUGGCCUUAAUAUCUUAGGCAAGGACCAGUCGAGGUCCUUCCGUACGAGAAACAAAGUGCAAUUCCGCAAGAGGCUACCAGAGUAUUCAGUAAUAAGACUGUUUAGUCUAUGCUGAAUCGGACGAGCAGACUUGAGUUGAAAUGUUGUCUACCUUGAAGAGACUAUUGACAUUCUUUGCAUUAAAUCACAAAACUGCUGGCUUUUAAGCUGCUUUCUUACAUUAUCACCAAUGUCCCAACUUAGUUUAGGGUUGACCUCCUUGAUACAGGCCAGGAUAAAGAAUAGGCAUAGCGAGAUUUAGAAUGUGGGUGUUUGAUGCCAACUACUUUUCUUCAAAACUACGAUGUGUCAUACACUUACAUGUACUUUCAUUUGUGAAAACUUGAAGUUGUAAGAUGAUCAUUGGUUUGGGUCACCUGCUACUCUGUAAUUAAAUAAAACAUGUCUAAUGUUGUUUUCAGCUGAA